UCAACAAAAUGGAUACAACAAAUAAAAGGAUUUUAAUGCGUGUCGGAUUGGAUGUUCUGAUUUUAAUUUGUGUUCUUUUCCCAAUUUUGUGCUUUUUCCUGUGGGGCGAACCGUACAAACGCGGUUUCUUUUGUGACGAUGAAUCGCUGAUGCAUCCCUUCAAAGAAUCCACAAUCAAUAAUGUCUUGUUAUAUUUAAUUGGUUUGGUGCUUCCUGUUGUUGUGAUUCUUAUUGUGGAAAUUAUACAAUCUCGCCAUCAAGAGAAAAUCUCAAAUGGUAAUAACACUGGCCGACGUUAUGUGUUUAUGGGCUAUGAAAUACCCGAAUGGUUGGUGCAAUGCUAUAAGAAAAUUGGUAUCUUCGGAUUUGGUGCUGGUGUCUGCCAAAUGACCACAGAUAUUGCCAAAUACUCGAUUGGACGUUUGAGGCCACAUUUCUUUGCGGUCUGCCAACCAAUAAUGCCCGAUGGAACAACAUGUGCCGAUCCCAUAAAUCAGGGCAGAUAUAUAACAGACUUCCGUUGUGCCGGAGUUGGUUCCACCGAACGUAUGUUAAAAGAAGUUUCACUUUCCUUUCCCAGUGGACAUUCGAGUUUUACCUUCUAUGGCAUGGUUUACUUGGCGAUCUAUUUACAAUGUCGCAUGACAUGGCGUGGCUCGAAAUUGAUUCGCCACUUUUUACAAUUUGUGGGUAUUAUGUUGGCCUGGUACACGGCCUUGAGUCGUGUUUCCGAUUACAAACAUCACUGGUCUGAUGUUUUGGGUGGUUCAUUGGUUGGAGCUAUUACAGCCAUUGUGGUGACUUUCUUGGUGCCGGAAAAUUGGUUUAAUUGGAACACCGUUUGGCCCACUGUUCACCCUAAAAAGAAAUGAGGGAA